UUUGGGGUGAGACUGUGCCAGGUGGCCAAAACACCUCUGGUGACGCGGGACCUGCUGCUGUGGACUGGAGAAGACCCCAACCCUCCAAGGCUUUGGAGAACAGGACCACCCUAAGGGGGCAGCAGAGCAGGGAGCCCUGAAAGCCUGGUGCCAUGAGCCAGGGCACGCUGGAGGCUGGCGGCCCCCUCUGGGGCUGGGACUGGGACGCUGACGAUGACUGGGAAGGGGCCGUGCUGGCUGUGCUGGCCCUGGCCGUGGUGGCUGCCACUGCCCUGGCUUUGCACUGGUUUGGCCCGCAGGAUCAGCAGACAGCAGGACCAACGACCCAGGCAGCGGGAGUCGGGCCGGCUCUACACCUCAAAGCCCAGGUCAGUGGUGGCCGUGAAGCUCGGAGCCCAGAGCAGGGGAAGCCAGGCCCACCAACAUGCAGCCACAGCAGUCCGACUGCAACGAUCCCAGCUCAGGGCUGCGAACCCCCGGGAGGCGCGGUGCUGCACCCUCAGGCCACGCUCCGCAAAGGGGCCUUGGGCCCGCAGCAGAGCCCAGCCAAGGAGCCCCCCGGACCAGGCGCCGAUCUCCCGGGCAGGGACACCCGGGCAGCGGGCCUGCCGGCCCCGGUCGUGAUCCACUUCACUCCUCGUGAAGUGGAGGCGCAGCUGGAGGCGGGAGGUGGCCGCGAAGGCCUGGAGCAGCGGGGGAGAGGCCGCAGUCGGAGGCGGCAAGUGGACGCCGGCUCCGGAGACAGAACCCGCCGCCGACCGAAGCCAGAUCCGCUCUGCAUGGGCGCGGUGCCCAGCGUGUGGGAUGUGGUGGAGACGUCGGCCUCUGCAGGCCUAGGCACUGCCCCCCGGGAGCUGUCCCAGGGCCGCGCCCCUCACUUGGGGGCCGGUGAGCUCGGGGGCUCCGGGGAAACCUGGCCCUGGACGCCGCGUGCGGUUCCUGGUGGUGGUGGCGGCGGCGGCAAACCGGCUGCGAGCUCCUUGGAGGGGCCACCCCGAGACCACCUGCCCUCACCCCAACAGCCGGACAAGGCCCAGACUAAGGGUUUGGAAAGCGCACACUCCGCGCUGGGGCCGGCGCCUGUAGGCACAGAAAAACCUGGGGCGUCCAGACAAGGCGGAGGCACGCAGGAGGGCCAAGCUCCCGAGCCGUGGGAUGCAGGAGGCUCCAGCCUCAACUGCAACCCUAGCCUCACCUCUAACCCCAGCCCCAGCCUCACCCCCAGCUUCAACUACGACCCCAGCCUCACCUCCAGCUUCAACUACGACCCCAGCCUCACCUCUAACCCCAGCCUCACCUCUUACUCCAGCCUCACUCCAAUCCCUGUCAGCGGACCCAGGCCCGUGCCUCAGGAGGCCCGUGUGGCUCUUUCCAAGGGCUCCCAGGAGAGACAGGUCUCAGCCAGCUGGGGGACCCUCAUAGCCAUGGUCCUCAGAAGCCACCCCUUCCCCAAGCAAGAGAAGCUCCCAGGAAGGGAUGCCCCUGAGGAGAAAAGUUCAGACUCACAGCCUCCAGCAGCGCUGCCCAAGGCGCCCUCCCAGCCUGGCCCUGCCCUAGGGUCCCAGCCAGUGUCCCAGCCAGUGUCCCAGCCUGGCACACGCAGCCUCUGUGAACUCGCCCAGAGCUGUGAGCAGGAGACGGUGGGGCAAGGGACUUCGGGGUUGUCCCCGGGGCAGGCAACAAAGGAGGAGGCUGUCACACAGAAGCAGAGAGAGGCCCGCAAGCUCCUGGCCUUUCUGCAGAGGCCUGGCAGCUGGGGGGUGGCGGAGGGGGUCCGUGACCCCUGUACCCUGGAGCCAGCCAGGGCAGCGGCUCUGCGGCGGCGGCUGGACCUGGGCAACUGCCUGGAUGUGUUGGCCUUGGCCCAGCGGCGUGGGGACGCCAGCCUGGCCCGGGAGACCUAUGCCGUGAUGAGCAACAACCUGCUGCACGUGCUGGGAGAUGCACAGCUGUACCGGCAGCUGAGUGGGGCUGACCGCCAGCGCAUCCUGAACCUGCGUACUGGUCGGGGUCGGACUGUGCUGGGCGUCCUGGUGCUGCCCAGCCUCUACCCGGUGAGCCGCCUCAGCUCUGGCGCUGAAGAGCCUGCCCCAGCUGGGCCCACGCAGCUGCACGUGUUCAGCCCCCAGGAGAACUCGUGGUGGCCUCUGACCAGGGUGCCUGAUGAAGCUCCGCUGCGGGGCUGCGGCCUCUGCACCAUGCAUAACUACCUGUUCCUGGCGGGCGGCAUCCGCGGCUCAGGCACCAAAGCCGUCUGCUCCAACCAGGUCUUCUGUUACAACCCACUGACUGACAUCUGGAGCCAAGUCCGGCCCAUGCAACAGGCCCGGGCACAGCUCAAGUUGGUGGCCCUUGACGGGCUGCUCUACGCCAUCGGGGGUGAAUGUUUGUACAGCAUGGAGUGCUAUGACCCACGCACAGACGCCUGGACCCCACGGGCCCCGCUCCCCGCGGGCACCUUCCCCGUGGCCCAUGAGGCAGUAGCCUGUCGAGGGGACAUCUAUGUCACAGGGGGACACCUCUUCUACCGCUUGCUGCGAUACAACCCAAGGAAGGACUCAUGGGAUGAGUGCCCCUACAGUGCCAGCCACCGGCGCUCCAGUGACAUGGUGGCACUUGGGGGUUUCCUUUACCGCUUCGACUUGCUGCGGGGCGUGGGCGCAGCGGUGAUGCGCUACAACACUGUGACCGGCUCCUGGAGCCGGGCAGCCUCCCUGCCCCUGCCGGAUCCUGCCCCGCUGCGAUGUGCUGUGCUGGGCAACACCAUCUACUGCCUCAACCAUCAGGUCACGGCCACCUUCACAAUCUCCGAGGGCACGGCCCAGUUCCAGGCUCAGGAGCUGCAGCCCUUCCCCCUGGGGAGCAAGGGGACCCUCAGCCCCUUCUUGCUGACCCUGCCCUCCAAGGACCCUCUGCAGACUUCCCUCUGA